CGAUCCUGUUGUUGGAGAAGCCAAUGCGAAUAGCGGGGUGAAGAAGUAUCCAAAUCAAGGGACACAACUGACCACAGAACCGGUCAAAGUGACACGAGUAUCGCAUGGGGCAUGCAACUUCAGUGACAGCCCUAGAAGGUGAAGAAGCUCCGUCCUCGGAGGAAAUGUUCAAGUGCAGCACUGGAACAGCUGAACCUCUCAAAUUUGAACCGGUUAAUAACCAUCCACCAGGAAUUCACCCGGGACCGCUGUGCAACAGCAAUCCAGUGAGCCAAAGGAGAGCAUCCCCCUGCCCCUGAGUCACUCCCCUCCCAACUCCCACAACCCUUCACCACCACCACCAUGACCUCUGAACUAGGGAGCAGCCUGACCUCCAUGGACUGGCUUCCUCAGCUCACCAUGCGGGCGGCCAUCCAGAAGUCCGACGCAGGGCACCACCACCACCCCCGCGGGCAUCAUGGCCACGGGCCGGGCAAGAAGAGUGCCCCGCUGUACCCGGGCACCACACUGGACCAGGAGGAGGCAGCCCGGCACCGGGACGGCAAGCCACCCUACAGCUACGCCAGCCUCAUCACCUUUGCCAUUAACGGCUCACCACACAAGAGGAUGACCCUCAGCGAGAUCUACCAGUGGAUCUGCGACAACUUCCCCUACUACCUGGAGGCAGGCAGCGGCUGGAAGAACUCAAUACGGCACAAUCUGUCCCUGAACAAGUGUUUUCUCAAAGUGCCUCGCUCUAAAGAUGACCCUGGAAAAGGGUCCUACUGGGCUACAGACACCAACCCUAAAGAGGACACACUGCCCACCAGGCCAAAGAAGAGGCCACGCUCUGGAGAAAGGGCCUCCACCCCCUACAGCCUGGAAUCGGAGUCCCUGCGAAUGGACUGUAUAAUGUACGGAGAUGCCUCUCCCCCUCUGGCAAUCAACACUGUAACUAACAAGGUAGCAUUAUACAAGAAAGAGAAGGAGGGCAGUGACAGCCCCCGGAGCAGCCUCAACAACAGCCUCUCUGACCAGAGCCUGGCCUCUGUCAACCUCAACAGCGUAGGCAGUGUGCACAGCUACACACCGGUCAGUAGUCACUCGGAGCCCUCCUCCCAGUCUUUGAGUCUACAGCAGCCUCCUCUGCCUCCUCCUCCCCAACCCCAGUGCAGUGUGGCCGAGCGGGACAAGCAGCUCCUCUUCUCUGAUUUCGAGGACCUCAGUGUCUCCUUCCGCAGCCUCUACAAGUCUGUCUUUCAGCAGUCCUUCAGCCAGCAAGGUAUCAUGGGUAUGCCCAGUGAAUUGAGCCAGCAGCCACGGACGUCGUGCUCCUAUCAGCACUCCCCCGGCGACACCCACCCCCACAGCCACCAACACAACCACGGUCAUGUUCAUAGCCACCCCCACCACCACCCGCCUCUCUCGCAGCACCUCUUUCCCCACGUGACGCACAACCAACAUCAAUCUCAUACGCACACUCAACAUGGGCAGCACCCUCAACACAGCCAGCACCCCAACAGUGGGCAGCAGUCCCAGCACCAUACUGGCCAGCCACCACAGAUGCCCUGCACCAGCACUUGUCUGUCCGCCGACUGGUACCCCAACCUAGACUGGCUGAAGGAGAGCUGUCGCAUUGCCAGCAGCUACAAUUGGGCUGACGUGGACCUCUCUCCAUUCCACGGACUGAAGGAGAGCAUGAGGCAGGCGGAGCUGAACAACUGGUCCCUGGACCCGGCCCAGAUAGCAGACCUGUGCUCCUCCAUCAACCAGUUCUUUACACGCACCGGAAUCAUCCCACCACAGGGACCACCACAGCCACCCCUGCCUGCCUGCCACAGCCCCAUGCACACCAGCAAGCCCAGCCAGCACAUCAACACAGGUAAUCUGUACAUGGACUCCAGACAGAACAUGUCUUCAAUGAUGGGACCCCCGGGUUACCCCCACAUGCCCCCCAUGAGCACUGCAGGCUCCAUAGUGACAGGGCACAAUGGCCAGAUGAACCAGCAGCACAGGAUGCCACCUGGGCACUACCAGAUGAGGAGGUUGCCCACCAACGACAUCCAGGAUGACUUUGACUGGGACUCCAUCGUUUAGAGCCACCCCGAGGAGCGGAAGAAAAGGAAGGGAUAGUGAGAGGGCGGGAGAAGAGUGGAAACGACCACCUGCCCUGGGAAAAAAAGAAAGAGACAUUCCAGAAGAGGAAUAUCAAUCCCCUGAUCUUGGUCUUUUUAUACGAGAGUAUAGAGAGCGACUUUGAAGACAAUCAUACACAGAAGGAGGGAGACUAGUCAACGUUUGUCAGUAGACAAGUUGGGGAUGGUCAUAUUGUCGAGAAGAAAUAACUUUUGGAAUGGUUUGCAUUGUCUCGUCUAAAUGUUCCGAGUGCCAACAGUUUUACAAGUGUUGGUGAAGUAUACUUUUUUUUAUUCAUGCUUCUAUUCUCGUUUCUUUCCACUGAAGACUGAAAGUGGAAGCUAGGGUUUGUGAUUCACAAUUGCAUAUUUCCAAGGGACGUCCGCCUGCCACUGAACUGGAAGGAAUGGGCGUGGAUGAAAAUGCCAUUAUACAUAUGAACACGACUUGCCUCAAAAAGUGAUUCAUUUUUGUUCAAUCGCUACACAAACAUCUGGCAUCAUGCCAGUUAGUCCAGACAGUAUCCCUCCCUGUAGCACCACUCACCUAUCUGACAGGAGUGAUCCAUGGAAUUAUACUUUCGCCACUUCUAAGAAAUACAGAUAGUUCGAAAUGUGAUAAUAAGGGAAGACCAGAUAAGGAUGCUCAUUCUAAGAAGGGAAUGACAUUGGUACGUACGGUGGCUGUCAACGACAACAAGUGUCUUAUCUCUUUGACUGAUUCAGACAAUGCCAACUAUAUGGAAUUGAUCGCCAUCUUGUGGUUGCAGGCUUAUAUUGCAGAGGGAAUUGACUUGUUGUCAAGAGGAGAAAUCACAUUACACCAGACCUCGGUUCAAAUGCUUUUUGAAACCUUUCAAAUACUUUGAGCAUUUGUUUCAGCCCGCCUUGAAUGCCAGAUGGGCGGAGUUUGCACUUUAGGGACUUUUCUAUUGGUUCCAUCGCAAAAGGCAUGCUCAAUCAAGCACAGCUGAAGUUUUAUAUAGAAUUUGAACCCAGGUCUGAAUUGCACCCUUACAUUUUUAUUUAAAGUUGUUAGUCUAUGUAACUUGCUUUAACUUUCAAUGGUUUUAUGAACAAAAAUCUUCCAGUGUAGCAGUUAUUUUGUGUUUUUGAUGUCCACACUUUCUUAACUCUGUGAUCAUGAAAAAAUGGUGAUGCUGGGCCAAUGUUAUGUAUGUAUCACCUGUCAAUCCCUUACUGGUGGUGUUAUGGUGUCUACAGUUUUCUCUAUCUCGGUGUCUGUGAGUGUGUGUGUGAGUGCAUGCGCCUAUGUGUGAGUGUGCACGUGUGUGUUAACGUUCAUCAGGACUGUCCUGUUAGUAACUCCAUGGUACGAAGCCCUCAGGGUCCCUGUUUCCUCUGUUAUUUCAGAAUAAUGCAUAACCCCUAUUUCCUUUUUUAGCAUUACCAAAACAUCAAAGGUCAAAUGGGUUUGUGUGUAGUUGAAUGUACCUGUUGGCAUGUGUUUCGACCACUGUGGUGGAAUGGUGCGCCAAAUGUACUAUGUUAUAAGCUAAUUAAGUGAAAUGAUGUGUAUUUAGGACUUACAGUAUAUACUCGUGUGCCAGGUGAACUGGUGAACGAGACUACUAUAACGUGACUUUAGUCAAGGAUUAUAUUAUUUUGGCCUGUCUCUUACACAAAGAAAGAGGCCUGACACUAAAUAACAUGUAGUCAUCCUGUUCUCUAAAUGAUCACAUGGCUACAGUCGGUUACAGAUUGGCUACAUUCCGAUUCUCCCUAAGUGUGCAAUCAUAUCCUUAAAAUGCCCCUCAUAGAUUUAAAACGAAUUAACUGGUUUGAGGAAUAUGGUUGGAACUCCCUCCAGCCAUGCUUGCACCAAUCCAAAGCGUUUAAAUGCAUGAGGGGGAGUGAACGAGUGCACACUUUUGGAGAAGGGUAGAGAAUCGGAAUGCAGCCAUUGACUCUCCAAAAACUUUUGACCCCUCUAAACAAGGUCAAAUCCAGUCAUGGUCAUUGGAUGGAGACACAGAUGAUUCCAAUAUGCCUAGUCAUAGGAUGGGAGAGGGUAAGCAGUUUUUGCACAAUGCUGGGUACAGUAGCAUCAAGUAGAGAAAAUGGUUGGACUGAUAGGCCUAACCUAACCUCUCCCCUAUCUUCUGAAAUAAUCAUAAAAAGAGCUCAGUGAGGGAAAGAGAGAAUGGUGGACAAUGCAGUAGAAACAAGAAAUAAACAGACAGAAUGAUCAAAUGAA